UGCACAUGCGCGAACCGUGAGGGUCGGAGCAGCCAGGCAUUCGGAGCAGGGCAGUAUCGGGACAGGCCAGGCGGAGCUGGAGGAAUGUGGACCGCCUUGCCAGGUUGGAUUGCACCGGCUGGCAGGAACAGCCUGGGAGCUCGAUUAUUGCAGAAGCCCUGGACCCCAGCAGACGGCAGAGCUGGAACAAUCUGGAAUGCCUUACCAGUUGGAUCGGGCAGGCUGGCUGAGGCAGCUUCCAGUUGGAGACACCUAAGAGCCUUGAUGGCUACCGAAAGCUAGGACCCCAGCAAACAGUAUCAAAGAACUACCAGAGCAACUUGCGCGUUCCAGGCAAUAUUACAAUCAGGAGUGGAACAGCCAACAGACUUGUCAGAAGAAAUUCUACAAGAGCUUCCUGGCAUUGCAAUGAAAUUCAAAAGUCCUGCAUAUCACCCCAAAUGAAAGAAGGAUCUGGAGCAAUACCACCGUUGUUGGACCAUUUCUCAGUAUAUGUGCUGGGGAUAUCAAUCUAGCAUGCCGCUUUUACUUAAUGCCAUUCUAAUCUUAUGGAUUUCUACUGUUGGGGUGCAAGCAUUUUCCUAUUGUAAUUUUCCAAAAAUUAACCACGGAAUUAUAUAUGGUAAAGAGGAGCCUGAGGAGCUUUUGCCAAUAUCUAUUGGGGAAAUUUAUUACUAUUCCUGUGAAUAUAAUUUUGCAUCUCCUUCACGAUCCUUUUGGACUCGCAUCAUCUGCACGGAGCAAGGAUGGUCACCAACGCCCAAGUGUCUCAGACUGUGUUUCUUUCCUUCUGUGGAAAAUGGUCAUUCUGCAUCUUCAGGACAAACACACCUGGAAGGUGACAUUGUACAAAUUGUCUGUGAUGUCGGCUACAGCCUUCCUGAUAAUAGUGACACCAUUUCAUGUUUGGAAGAUGGCUGGUCUUCUCCUCCCAAAUGCAGCUCCACCAAUAUAGAAUGUCUUCUUCCAGUUUUAAAAGCAAAUGUACAUGUUUAUCCAAGACAAGUAAAAUAUAAAGCUGGAGAUGUGUUGCAAUUUUCCUGUGGACAAAAACUUACAAGAGUUGGACCAGAUUCAGUUCAAUGCUAUUACUUUGGAUGGUCACCUAAUUUUCCAACAUGCAAAGGGCAAGUACAGUCAUGUGGUCAACCUCCUCAACUCCUCAAUGGCAAAAUGAAGGCUGUAAGGAAAGAAGAAUAUGGACACGGCGAGACGGUGGAAUAUGACUGCCCUCCAUAUUUUCUAAUGACGGGGCCUAAGAAAGUACAGUGCGUCGAUGGAGAAUGGACAAAUUUGCCCACUUGCGUUGGACAAGUUAAAGCAUGUGGCUCCGUCCCUCACCUCAAGGAUGGCUAUGCCCGGUUCUCUAGUCUUCCUCUUCAACAUGGUGUCUCUGUGGAGCUGAGUUGCAGAGAUACACAUACAAUGAUUGGAAAUAACGUAAUUACCUGUAUUGAUGGAAUGUGGACUGAACUUCCUAAGUGCGUUGAAACAAACCAACUUAAGAGUUGCAGAAGACCAAUACUUCAUACAGAAACACUGAUGAAUCUACUUGUGCGUGAAUAUAAUCAUAGUGCCAGAAUAAAUUACAGAUGUUUGGGGAAGGUCAGACGCAUGCAAUCAAUCUGCAUAAAUGGGAAAUGGUAUCCUGAACAAGACUGCAGAGAAAGAUGGAGAGAAUUCUGCCCACCUCCACCUCAGAUACCUAAUGCUCAGAAUAUGCUAACCACAGUGAAUUAUCACAAUAAAGCAAAAGUAGCCGUUCUCUGCAAAGAAAAUUAUGUACUUCUCGGACCAAGAGAAAUUGUGUGUAAAAAUGGACAAUGGCAGUCAUUACCGCAGUGUAUUGAGUCUACACAAUAUUGUGGUCCCCCUCCACCUAUUAGCAAUGGAGAUAUCAGUUCAUUCCCAUUAUCAGUAUAUCCUCCAGGAUCAACAGUCCAGUACCGUUGCCAGUCUUUCUAUGAGCUUCGGGGCUCCAUAGAUGUAAUAUGCAGAAAUGGACAGUGGUCAGAACCACCAAAAUGCAUAGAUCCUUGUAUAAUUUCUGAAGGUAACAUGAACAAAAAUAACAUACAGUUAAGAGGGAAAGACAUCAAAAAACUUUAUGUGAAAACGGGGGAUUUUGUUGAAUUUGAGUGUAAAUGGCCAUAUAAAGCAAAGACAUCAAUGCAAUCAUUUCGGACACUCUGCCAGGAAGGGAAAUUUGAAUAUCCCAUGUGUGAAUGAAACCAGCAUAAUUUUGCUGAAUAUAAUUUUAAAAGUAAUCCUACAUGUAUAAGUAUGCAUUAUGUAGUCAAUUCUAUACUUAUUUUCUUUAUUCUUUCAGUGUUGUUUAUCUCAGUUUUAUUUUGAACUUGGACUUUCAGAGGUUCACAAAUUUAUAAGCUGAGAGCAGUGCUUCCCUUAUUAGGUGGGCUUCAUUAUACCUGGGCAAAUCUUCGCACUGGGUCUCCUAUACAUACGGUACCCACAGAAAGUGAGCACGUGCCUUGGUUCAGUACUUAAUUCCAUCUAACCUCUUCCAGUUGUCUAAAAUGUAUAAGAUAACUUCAAGGCUUUCAGAGUCAACUUUACUUCCUCUGAAAUAAAGUUGUUAUGGUGAUAUCUAUCUUUCUAUCACAUCAAAAAAUACAAAAACUAUGACCUCUUAUGCUUUUAGCAAGCAUUAGUAAGUAUUAAUAAGUCCUCUAACGGGAGCCAAAUUAUUCAUCAAACACUAAAUAAUCCUUAAAGGCACAAAUACACCAUCUUCCACAAAUGAGUAGAAGACUAAAACAUUUAUAAAUCCUGCUACAGAACUUCUAGUACAGUCAAGAGGUGAUAUGAACAUACACAAAGGUAACUACAGUUAUAAGUGAAAAUGAUGAGGUUACAAUAUUGCAUUUAUAGGAUUAUCUAGAUAUGUAUAAAGACUUAAAGAAGAUUGAGAGGAAAUACAAAAUAUGCCUGUAAUAAUUCUAUAUGGUUUGAGGUUAAUUGGUUUAAGAAAUUAGAAUACUUGCAAAUUUUUAUAUUUCCUGUAUUUUAUAAUUUUUCAUUUUGAAUUAUAUUACUAUUACAGUUAAAUGAGGGUUAUCAAGAGCUGUGAUUAGAAACCAAGAAAGUAGAAGAUGAGAGUGUAAAGACCCUGUAGGUCAUGAAACUGAUUUCGGGCAAAAAGUCCAUUAUUUUUUGAUGUACCAUAGUUCAGAAAAAUACUGAACAGGAAGUUUCAGAAAUAUGCUUUGCAUGUUCCUGUAUUUUUAGGUAGCAUUUCAUAGUUAAAAUAUUUUUUGGUCAGCAGGUUUUCUUUUCUUUUUUUUUUUUAAAAAGUGUCUAUGAAUAUGCUGACAACAAAUACAGAUAAAAAUUAAGGUUUAAAAUCUUCAUGACUAUGGAUAGAGCAAUAGAUUCUUCGAUAUGACUUCAAAACAUAAGCAAGAAAAAAUAGACAAAUUGGACUUCAUCAAGAUUAUAAACCUUUAUGCACAAACAACAGUGAUAAGAAAAUGAAAGCACAGCAGAUAUAAUAGAAGAAAAGAGUAGCAAAUUAUAUAUGUGAUAUGGGACUCACAUCUAGAAUUAAAGAACUCUUAUGACUCAAAAUAGAAUGACAGCCCAAUUUAAAAAUGAGCAAAAGAUCUAAAUAGACAUUUCUCCAAAACAUAUGAAUGGCCAAGAAGCACAUGAAAAGAUAUUUAACAUCAUGAAUCAUUAAGAAAAUGC